GUGGGGAGCCACGGCUGUGUCGCGAGCAGGACCUCCGUCGUUUCUUCACCCCCUUACCCACUGCACGGAUGAAGACAAGCUACGAGAGAGGCAAGUCAUCCAAAUCCCAGACUAUCAAAGCAAACGAGCCGAUUCCCUCCCAUCGCUCCAGGAAUGGCAACCACCAUGAAAAACAAACCACCCAAAGCACAUCGAGACGGGUCCAUCCUAGGAGCCACAGAGAAAACGUGAUGCCAUCCCGGGCAGAAAACAUCUUGCCUGGCUGGAGGGAAGCUCAGAUGUCAGAUGUUUGUAAUGGCAACUUUCCCCUGGGACACGUUUCUGAAGCGAUCAGCUGCAAGACCUCAGAGAAAGUCCCCCACCGAGUCACCAACGUGAACAGGAACAAGGAGGGAGUGCUAAAGAAAGUCUCAACUACACAAAAAGUAAGAAAUGAGCCUGAGGACUCCCCCUCCAAGGCGGUUUUCACAUUUUGGGCAAACAAAGUUAACAACAGCAGUCAAAGGACUCCCUUGCAAAAGCUACUGCAGAAGCCAUCCGUGACUGCGGGAAGCUGCUCUCCAGCCCCCCUUCCCAAGGACGGGCUUAGCAGCUUGGAAGAAGAGAAGCAGGCUAAAAAUCCCCGGAGAAAGACCAGGAGAGAUCUCUUCUCUGACUCAAAGGUUUUCAGCCACGUAGACACCCAUGUCCUACACGUGAGCCAGCAGCUCAAGUCUGGGCACACCAGGUUGUCCAUCCAGACCAUCGUUCCCCUUAUCACUGCCAAAUCCCAGAACAAACUGGAGACGGUGCGGGCAAUAUGGUUCUGGCUCUGUCACAACAUCGAAUAUGACGUGGAUGGCUUCUUGGGGCUGUCUCAGAAGAUCCACAUGCCAGAGCAGGUCCUGCAAACGGGAAGAGCUGUGUGUUCUGGUUAUGCCCAUUUAUGCCAGGAAAUGUGCAGGGAGGCGGGUUUGAGCUGCGUGGAGGUCCCAGGGUUUGGCCGGUGUCCGGGCUCCCGCAGAAGCCGGUGGUGCCAGCAGCAGAAGAGCAGCCACAUGUGGAACGCGGUGGAGCUGGAAGGACAGUGGUGCCUCCUGGAUGCUUGCUGGGGUGCGGGGACCGUGGAUGCAGAGAGCAGGUUGUUCAUGCCCAGGCAUGACGAUUUUUUCUUCCUUACUGACCCUGAGCACUUCAUUGAGACCCACUGGCCAGAGGACCCCCAAUGGCAGCUUCUGCAGCCCCCCGUCUUGCGGGAAGACUUUGAGCAGAGAGUUUUUAAAACUUCAGAGUUUUUCAGACUUCAGCUCUCCCUCCUUUCUCCAAACACUUCCCUGCUCAAAACAGUCCAUGGGGAGGUGUCAGUGAUGCUGGGGAGCACCCACCCAACAGAGUUCACCUACCAGCUCUCCAAACUCCAGGGCACCGCAGCUGUAGAGGAUGUAGGCGCAGCUCACGGGAUGAUGACCGUGUCCAAGAACAACAUGACCAUCAAGGUGACUCCCCCAACCGAGGGCUUGUUCGACCUCAUGAUCUUCGCACGCCACGCUGACUCUCAGGACCCGUACAACUGGGUGUGCUCCUAUCAGAUCCAAUGUCUGGAGCCACACAAUGGAGAGAAACUGCCUGAAAACCCAUUUCAUUUUUGGGGCCUUCACCAAAAGGGUUACUACCGGCUCUCUGUGUUUGUGAAAGAUUUAGGAGGCAGCACCUUCAGGAACAUGGCCAAUUUCCUCAUUCGUUGUUUGAGGCCCAUCAAUCAGAAUGAACUCUUCCCCUUGGGACUGAGCAUGCACUGCGGGAGUGGGAUCAGCUCUGGUGGCCAUGGCCUCUCCAACCCCAGCCACUCUGCUCCCAUCAUCACCACCAAGCUGGGGAAGUGCAACAUCACAUUCCAGACACCCACCAACAUCGAGGUGACCGCCAGCUUGAGUAAGGACAAAGUCAUCAGUGCCAAGUACCCCCUGGAGAGGUAUGUCCUGGUCACCCACCUGAGGACUAAAGUCAGCGUGUGCGUUGUGCUCCCUGAGUCUGGUGUCUAUAAAGUGGGGCUUUUUGGGAGAAGCCAGGACCACAAGGAUUUUGUCCAUAUUUGUGACUACAUUAUACGCUGCUUCUCCGAUCCCAGCUGGCCUCCCUUCCCCAGGGUGUACAGCCUGUGGAGGAGAGGGUGCGUGUUGCUAGAGCCACGCACGGGAGUGCUCCAAGAGCGGAGCUGGGUUCGGUUCAGGGUCAAGGUGCCAAAAGCCUACCAAGCUGUCGCCCUCGGGCAAGAGAAGACGGUGCUGCAGCGGACGCCGAACAUGAUCUGGGAAGGGGACGUGUUCACCGGGGCUGUGGGGACGCAGGUCAAACUGGCAGCCAAGUUCAGCCAGCACUGCUCCUCCCUGGAGGUCAUCCUGGCGUUUGAGGUGGAGGGUGGCUCACCUGCCUCCCUGGGGUGUUCGGGGUAAGCCACAGAAGUGCUGGAUGUGCUGGGAAGGAUGAAAAAAGCUGGGGAAGGAAGCAAAUGCUCUUAAAACUGGAGGAUGUUGAGGAGACAUGGAGAAAACUCCCAGAACUUUAUGGCAUGUCGGGGGGAGUCUGGGUGUUACCCGCAGAGCUUUUCUUCCCGCAGGAUAUCCAGAUACUUGCUGGGGCCUCCUAUCCCACUCAGAGAUGUUGCCGCCGUUUAAAUCAGCACCAACAUAUGGAAGGCUCCUAAAAUUUUGCUUCUGUCAGAGGAAACCAUUGUUCAGCUUCUCUACAGGAAGGAUGUCUCACUGCUUAUUACCAGCUUGAAUAAUUGUUUGGAAUGUUUUAUUUGACAUUUAUUCAAGAACUUGGAAACCCACAUAGUUUCUUUCUCCUGAGAGGAUAACAACAACAAAAAAAAAAAAAGAGAAAGAAAAAAGCCCAAACUGGAGCCAACAGCUUCAGAUGGUAGCAAGAUUUUUAAAACAUAAAUAUAUAGUAAAGCAAGUAAAACCUCCUUGCAGAGAGACUCUGUGCUUGGGCAGAGGAAAGGGGAAAGGAAGUAAAGAGAUGCUGUAUUUUAUCACCUAUGUCUAAAAUAUCUUCCAGGUCUUUAUUAUCAAGGGUGACAUGUAGAUAUAUACUUAAGAGCAUUGAGGGCUUGAAACAAAGAGAGGGAACAGGCAAGGAAGCAGCUCUGUAGCCAAAGCAUCUAAUCGUUGAGCAGAAAGCACAAGCAGGUCUGCUCUUAAGGUCUGACACAUGCUGCAAGGCACCGCAAACAUGGACUUACUGAAAGCAAACUCCAUGUUCAUACCUAGGUGGGCUAGAAGAUACACAGUGGAAAUACUUCUUCAUGCCUGCACUGGGUUGAUGCUUGAAAGGGGGAUUCUGGUUGCCAUAAUGAAGAACAAGAACUGUGGGUUAUUUUUGGAUGCUGGCAAAAGAUAGUGGGGGAACAUGGUCUGCUUUCUUCAGGUUCAGCAAUUUAAAUUUGACUUGUAGCAGAAGUUCAAGUAGACUUGAACUUUUUCUGGGCCUGGAAAUCAGUUAAUGCAGCUAACGUAUCAAGAUCCACAUUUCAUACCAAACUUGCUGGAACCAUGCUGGCAUGUUGGAAGAUUCCCCUGAAGAACAAAGUACAAGGACUACUUUGAACUAAGGGAGCCACUUGCAACGGUAGACGUAGGAUAGACUCUUGCCUGUGGUGCUAGAAACAAUUUAAGAAGUACAGACCCCUACAUCUUUCUCUUCUGACCCAUGUUCUGGCUAAUCCAUAGUGGGCCAUCCACUUGGAUGGAUAAAGGAAAGAGAAGCACAACGUGACUCAGCUCCCUUGUGUGUCUUUCAGAAUAACCAUAGACAAAAAAAUUCUGCUCCCUGUGAGGCUGAGCAGACAAUCCAGAGCCCAGCCUGAAAAGUCAGAGCCCAUAAAGUUGCUGGCAGUCAGUGUUGUCCUCUGGACUCCCCUCACCAGCUGAGUACCUUUGCAUGCAUCUUCAAUGACCAACCAUCUUCUGACCAUGCUGAGCAUGGGGAUGCUGCAGCGCAGCUCUCCAGACCUCCUCGGUGCUUCCCAACCUGUGCAUUGUCCACAGAGAGCGCCGGUAGUGAAAUUGUAUCUGCAGACUCAGCAGGCUCCCAAAGACUGUGUUUUGGCUUGUUUUGUAGAAGCGGUUUGCUCAGCAAACAAAAAUGACUGACAAGUGAAAUGACUCUCAGUUCCCACUGCCAUCUUCCUCUCCAUGUCCUUUUCCUUUCCAGUCAGUUUUGCCAUUAACUUUUCUCAGCUGUGCCCCACUGACCCUCUUGGACCACUCUACGUAUCUGCAUGUACACACACGCUGUUAGCUGAAACUGUCCCAUCUUUGCCCAAAUUUAAGCAGUCAGGUCAUGAUCACAUGCCUCCAGGGAAAAUCCAGCUUCCAGCUCAGCGAUUAAUUCCUCUUUAUCCAUCAUAAUGAGGUCCAGAUUAGAGUUACCUUGAAUUGGGGUCCAAACAACUUAUGUCAGAAUAUAAUUACCUGGAGGUGCUGAGAACUUUAAUGAUACUCCCACGGGGGAUUUUUUACUUCAAGAAUCUGAAGUUGAUCUGCUCGUAUUUCCUCUCUGUGCACACUCGGGUAUAGCAUGUAACCUAUUUUAAAUGUCAUUCUUAUUUAGAUUUACAUACCUCAAAGCCUGCGCCCAGAGCUCUAGGAGCCUUCCCAAUAAACACGAGCACCAACUGUCCAAAAAUAACAACCUGGGGCAAACGUCACUCAUGAAAAAACCAUGAUAAGCAAAAGAACAAACUUGGAUGUCUCUCCUCCUCUCGCCCCCUCUGCCCAGCACGAUUAAAUUAGGUAAAGAUAGAUUACAACACGUACCUGCAGCUAUAAAACACACCUAAUUUUGAGCAAACUUAGUUCAAAAAGUCAUUAGAAGGCCUCCAGGCACGCAUCGAGCUGUGGACGGCCAAAAACCAAACAAGAGUGUGGUGGGUUGACCCUGGCUGUGCACCAUGUGCCCACCAAAGCUGCUCUGUCACUGCCCUCCUCAGCUGGAUGGAGGAGAGAAAAUAUAACGAAAGGCUGGUGGGUCGAGAUAAGGGCAGGGAGAUCACUUACCAAUUACCAUCACGGGCAAAACAGACUCAAAUUGGGGAAAUUAGUUGAAUUUAUUACCAAUCAAAAUGAGAGUAGAAUAAUGAGAAAUAAAACCAAAUCUUAAAACACCUUCCCCCCACCCCUCCCUUCGUCCCGGGCUCAACUUCGCUCCCGAAUUCUCUACCUCCUCCCCUCCAGCAGUGCAGGGGGACGGGGAAUGGGGGUUGCGGUCAACUCAUCACACACUGUUUCUGCCGCUCCUUCCUCCUCACACUCCAGCGUGGGGUCCCUGCCACGGGAGACAGUUCUCCACGAACUUCUCCAGUGUAGGUCCUUCCCACGGGGUGCAGUCCUUCAGGAACAGACUGCUCCAGCGUGGGUCCCCCACAGGGUCACAAGUCCUGCCAGCAAACCUGCUCCAGCGUGGGCUCCUCUCUCCACAGGUCCACAGGUCCUGCCAGGAGCCUGCUCCAGCAUGGGCUCUCUGUGGGGUCACAGCCUCCUUUGGGCAUCCACCUGCUCCGGUGUGGGGUCUUCCAUGGGCUGCAGGUGGAUAUCUGCUCCGCUGUGGACCCCCAUGGGCUGCAGGGGCACAGCCUGCCUCACCAUGGUCUUCACCACGGGCUGCAGGGGAAUCUCUGCUCCGGCGCCUGGAGCCUCUCCUUCCUCUCCUUCUGCACUGACCUUGGGGUCUGCAGAGCUCUUCCUCUCACUUAUUCUCACUCCUCUUUCUGGCUACAGUUGAGCAAGUUUUUUUUUUCCCCUUCUUAAAUCUGUUAUCCCAGAGGCGCUACCAUCGUCGCUACCGUCAAGGCUCAGCCUUGACCAGCGGCAGGUCUGUCUUGGAGCCGGCUGGCAUUGGCUCUAUUGGACAUGGGGGAACCUUCCAGCAGCUUCUCACAGAAGCCACCCCUGUAGCCCUCCCCCAACUACCAAAACCUUGCCACGCAAACCCCAUAUAAAGACUUUGCACCCAACUCUACCAUUGAGAAACUCCCUUACAAUCAAAGUCAAAGCAUGUAAGAACAAGAAGGGCUGAAGCAGAAAGCUGCAUACUAAAAAUGUGGGCCUUUCCCAAGUACACUAAGACAGCAGUCACCAACUGGACUGAGCUUUUAUUUUCCUCUGUGGACCCAUAUAUGAUGUCCAGCAAACAUUGUGUCCAGACUCCUUGGCUUUACACAUUUCCCCAUGCUGUGCCUGUGUUUAUCUUGUUGUUAGUGUAACUGUGUUAAUACUUGUUUAGGCUGAAUUUAUCCAAUGAGGCUGUACCAUUGAGGUGUUCAUGCAAAUUAUGUUUUCUUGAGCUUCUUCUUGUGCUUCUUCACUUCCAUGCUAUUAAAACCUGAGAUGGCCAUACUUU